AUGGAGGGUGGCUACAUUCUCUUUCUUCUGCACACAGCCUUUCUGCUGUGUUUGAUCCCUACCAGCAGCCUCAAACAACUCCACUUUGGGCACUGCAUGGUAUCUGUGGAUAUGUAUGAAAUGCGGAAGGGAUUUGGAGACAUCAAGGAAAUGACUGUGAGUAUUGGUGGAAGGAGGUUUCAUAUGUGUUUGGAACUGCAGUGAAUUUCGUGCUGGAAGCUUAGUCACAGAGACAAAUCUUGAUACAUCAAUUUGUAUAACUGAACCUUUUGGGUUUCUUCUUCUUCAGCAGUCUCAAGAUCAGCACACAAGCAUCCGCCUCUUACAUGGAUCACAUUCUCUUCAAAAUACAAAGGUAUCUCCCCUAAGCCAUUCAGUGAUUAAAUUGGGGGUGGGAGGAAGAAGACGUGUGUGUGUGUGUGUGUGUGAGAGAGAGAGAGAGAGAGAGAGAGAGAGAGAGAGAGAGAGAGAGAGAUUUGGCAGACUUUUCAGAUUUUCUUGUAAAUCUUUGUCCUUGAAAACUUGUUGGUAUAAGCUUUUUGUCCCUUGCACAUUCUGUUCUCUUAUUUGGAGAAGUGCUCAUAUUCCAACAAAAUAUUAAUCUUAAAAAAUAGAGGUGAAAAUAACUCCUGUUGAACUCAGUAGAUGGAUACAAUUGGACUGAAAAUCUUUCUUUAUUCAGAAUGUGUCUCCUUUGUGUGCCCUAAUAUCUAUGUCUUUUGUUGGUGAUGACGUAUAUGUAUCUCAUAUGUUCACACAUAUGGAUUCUAAUAUAUCGUUGUCCCAUUUACACAAUAGUGCCAAAGUUGGCAAUAGUUCUGUAAUCAAAGCUAACAAAGUCAUACCGUGGUACCUCAGGUUAAGUACCUAAUUCGUUCUGGAGGUCCGUUCUUAACCUGAAACUGUUCUUAACCUGAAGCACCACUUUAGCUAAUGGGGCCUCCUGCUGCCACCGCGCCACUGGAGCACGAUUUCUGUUCUCAUCCUGAAGCAAAGUUCUUAACCCGAGGUACUAUUUCUGGAUUAGCGGAGUCUGUAACCUGAAGCAUCUGUAAUCUGAAGUUUAUGUAACCUGAGGUACCACUGUAUAUGUAAUCAGGGACUCAAGGAUUGCUGCUUGAUUAGACUCCAAAAAGGGUUUGAUUUCUAAGAUUCUGUCCUGUGAAUUUUCACACUGAUUAUUAGUUGCAUAUUCUCUGAAUAUAUGCAUUCCAAUAUUUGCUUUAUUUUAUAUUGGUAUUUUAUUUUAUAAUUGCAUUUAAUAUUUAAUUAGAUUUCAGGAUUAGAUUUUUGACAGGUCAUGACAUGACUGACAUUCAGUGGAGUUUAGUAUUAAUAGUAUUUGUUACUUGCAGUAUUUGUUAUAUGCAGUAUUUGAAAGGUGAUAUGAAAUUUAAGGAGAUAACUGUUUAAGAUGUUUCAUAUAUGAUAACUGAUAAAAUCAAAAUGAUUGUGAAUUGUCAAUAAGCCUCUGAUUUGAACUGUAAUGCAUUAUUCAAUGAAAUGUUGCCUAUUCUAAUAAGUUAUCCUGAUUUGCUUUAGUCUGAAGACAGGUGUUGCUUUUUUCAUUACUUGUUGAAAUUCUACCUGGUUAAUGUCUUCAAUCAAUGCACAGAAGGAAACAACUUUCAUCAAAGGAGAGUCAGCAGGAUUGCCAACAACUUCCUCAGUAUUAAGAAGGAACUGACACUCUGUGUAAGUUGCAGCAAUGAACAAUCCUAUAGCAGUAAUGGGCAUACUUAUAGUAGCUUUAGUACAUAAUACCAGUAAAAUCAUGCAUGCACUGAAAACAGCUAACCAAAUUACAACUCAUACAACCUUGGAAUAAGUCUAUGGGCUUUCUAAUUGGUCAUAAUGGGUUUCAGUUCUCCCCCUCUGGGGUCAGCCAAGACAAGAAAAGUGCCCAGAACAUUGGUGCCUGCUUUUAAAUACAUAUCUUGUAAAUUUCCUCUGGGUUUUUUGUUUUUGUUUUAUGGGAACUAACAAUCUGAGUAGACAGUCCUAUGCAUGCCUACUCAGAUAUAAAAUCCUAUUGAGUUCAAUGGGGCUUACUGUAAAGGAAUGUAGGAUUUAGCUGGGAAGCUUUUUCUAAAAAUUUGCAAAGCAGUGCAGUUUUUCAAAAGUUCAUAAAGAAGUAGGUUGCAGGACUGUGCCAAAUUUUAAUAAGGUUUGAUAUGUGAAAUUUACAGGAGGGGAAAACUCCACAUUCCAGACUACCAGAUAUUUUUUACACUUGUUUGUAAAACAAUUGUUUGCAAAGGGGGGGGAUCCCCAAUUUUUAUUUAUUCCUAGCCAAUUCAGGAUCAUGUAGUCACAAUGACAUGUAUCCCAUAAGAUAUGGAUAUAUCAUUGAAGGGAGAAAGACAAAUGAGCAUCGUGAAAGGCAGGAAGCGUUUUUGACUAUGCUAAAUCUACUUGGGGAUGGGAAGGAAAAAGGGAACAUGUUCUUACCACCUAGUUUAAGUUCCACAUCCUUCAGAUGGAAUGAUAUGAACAGUCAGAUGCACGUUUGAAUUUGCAUCCCGUUGAAAAUAAUGCUGGACGAAUGGAUAGCAUUCAUUACCAGAUGUGAAUCCAGAGGCAAAUCAUGAUGCAUUCAUUUCAGUCGAACUGGCGUUCAGGCUCAAAACUGGAUGUGUGCCCCAGUCCACAUUCUGCUCCAAUCAUGCACAACUGUGAAAAUUAAUCAAUGAGCACAAAUACUCUCUCAUCAAUGGGCACAAAUCCUCAUAGUUUCCCCUUAUGAACAGUUCCAUAUUUUUUUCCACAAAGGGGUGCAAAAAUUGUCAACAAGGCAGCAUGUGUUGUUUUUUUUUAAAAAAAUGAUAUUUAUUAAAGUUUCAAAAAGUACAAGAGUUACACAAAAACAAAAAGUGAAAAUACAAGAAAAUACAAAAUACAGAAAAAAGAAUAAAGUUUUUGAGAUAUAACAAAAAAACAAAAAAAACCCCAUACAAAAUAAAAACAGUUAAAAAACACAUUAAUUUUCCAUAGCCUAUCUUCCUUACACUUAUUUCCCCGGACCUCCUCGUACCUCCCUUUUUUGUAUUCCAGUUCAGUUUGUUAGUUCAGCAAAUCCUUACCAUUAAGCUUUUACCCAUUUGUAAACCUUUAUUCGUAUCUCUUAAAGCAUUACAGCUGGAAACCACUUAGUUCCUAUCCAACAUCCUUCUAAGAUUCCUUAAUUUUACAAUAUUUCUGUAAAUAGUCUUUAAAUUUCUUCCAGUCUUCUUUCACCGACUCUUCUCCCUGGUCUCGGAUUCUGCCAGUCAUUUCUGCCAAUUCCAUGUAGUCAAUCACCUUCAUCUGCCAUUCUUCCAGAGUGGGUAGAUCUUGUGUCUUCCAAUACUUUGCAAUGAGUAUUCUUGCUGCUGUUGUAGCAUACAUAAAAAAAGUUCUGUCCUUCUUUGGCACCAAUUGUCCGACAAUGCCCAGAAGAAAGGCCUCUGGUUUCUUCAGAAAGGUAUAUUUAAAUACCUUUUUUAUUUCAUUAUAAAUCAUCUCCCAGAAAGCCUUAAUCCUUGGGCACGUCCACCAAAGGUGAAAGAAUGUACCUUCAGUUUCUUUACAUUUCCAACAUUUAUUAUCGGGCAAAUGAUAGAUUUUUGCAAGCUUGACUGGGGUCAUGUACCACCUGUAUAUCAUUUUCAUAAUAUUCUCUCUUAAGGCAUUACAUGCCGUAAACUUCAUACCUGUGGUCCAUAACUGUUCCCAGUCAGCAAACAUAAUAUUAUGUCCAACAUCUUGUGCCCAUUUAAUCAUAGCAGAUUUCACCGUUUCAUCCUGAGUAUUCCAUUUCAACAGCAAGUUAUACAUUCUUGACAAAUUCUUAGUUUUGGGUUCUAACAGUUCUGUUUCUAAUUUUGAUUUUUCCACCUGGAAGCCAAUUUUCUUAUCUAAAUUAUAUGCCUCCAUUAUCUGAUAAUAAUGAAGCCAAUCUCUCACUUUGUUUUUUAGUUUCUCGAAACUCUGCAAUUUCAAUUUGUCUCCUUCUUGUUCCAAAAUUUCCCAAUAUUUCGGCCAUUUGGCCUCCAUAUUGAGCCUUUUCAGAGCUUUCGCUUCCAUCGGUCAAGGCAGCAUGUGUUUUUGGAGUGAGGAAAAUGUUCAUGAAAUCUCUCUCUCUCUCUCUCUCUCUCCCUCCCUCUCCCUCUCCCUCUCUCUCCAUUUCAGCUCAUUGUUAAAUAUAUAACUCUCCAAAUUGGCGGAUGUUUUCAUUAUGGCAGUACCACUGCUACAAAGCUUCCUUGAGGUUUCCAGUGCAUCUCAGAUGCUUUUUGUGGGCCUGAAAUCAGCAAUGAUGCAUGGUUUUAAAAAGGAAGGAAGAAAAACUCAGCAGAUCUGUAAGAACAGCAGUGAUCAGAGAGCUUUCCACAAGUACAUCAGACCUAGUGGGUUACUAGAUAACCAGAAUUUCUCUCUCUCCGCCCAGAGCAAUCACGUGGGUUAUCACGUGGGUUAAGGCUUUGGUUUUCAAACUGUAGGGAGGGCCCUUGAGAGAAGAGAGUAAAUGACAGACCAUCCUUGAGCAGUAUUCACUGAAUACUGAACUCAGUGGAACUUAUUCCAGAGUAAGCUAAUAAAAGAGAUGAAUGGGCAAAAUUGCUGCUGAGGAAUAAAAUACAUGCAAAGGGUUGCCAUAUUUCAAACAGGGGAAAUCCGGAUGGAAAAGUUGUUGUGCUUUUUCUGGAAAAUUGAAAAAAAAUAAUUAAGUUUUCAAGCUAUUUUUAUGGAAAAUAAGCAAAAAACAAAAAAAACCCACUAGUUUGCCAUACGUCCAAAUUUUCCUGGACAUUUUAAAGAUUUCCGCCCAGACACUGCUGCUGCCUACAGUAUUCCGGAUAUGUUCGGGAAAUUCUGGACGUAUGUCAACCCUAUACAUGCAUGGGGGGGGAGGAAGGGGGAGUGUUCCUACAUUAUAAAGCCCUCUAAUAUUCCUUCACCCUAAUAUACAGGUCUUGACAUGAGGCCACAAAUGGCUGCACAUGAGCAUCUCUGCAAGUUUGAACAAAUGGACUGAGCUUGGUUCUGGGGCAGGGGGGAAAGUAUGUUUAGAAGGAAACCCUGCUUUCAAAGUGUUAGAGAAAUGUUGAAAUAAGUGCAAGCUCCAUGCAGAAAACUUGCCACCCUCAUAGAAUUGUCAUAAGCAGUGGAUGUAACAAGCAAAAACAAAAUAAUUACAUACACAGAUGUAGCACAGUUGAUAAAAUGGCUUUAACUCUGAAAAACUUCAGAUAACGUGUCAGAUGCCAGUCUCUUUUCAAUGCAGUUAUGUUGCCCAUAGGUACAUGGAUAUCAACUCCAUCUGCAAGAAUGAUUCCAGGAUAUAUAUUAAAAUGGGUUUUGUGUCUUAAUAACAUGCAUUCAGUAAACCUAAAUUCAGAUUUGUAAUUUAAAAUUGGUCUUCAGUAAAGUGCCAAAAGCUUCCAUUUCUUCAUUAGCCUUUGUAGUAGUGUCAAAUAAUAUAGCUCUUUGAUGUUCUCAUUGCUACAUUUUCUUCCUCCUUUGCCUGACGUGGCAUUUGAUGACCAAUUAGCUUUGUACAGCACUUACAUGCAUGAGUGGUUACAGCAGACUAGGAAGAAACUGCUUCUGCAGACCCUCUUUUCCAUAUUUUAUUACAUGGAUCUCACAACAUAUUUUUCACAAGUAGAGAAUAGAUGUGCUCCCAUACCAAACACGAUAAUUUAGUAAUUCAGCAUUUGUUUUUGCAUUCAGUUCAGCAGUACUGUGGAUCUUGUUCCUCUUGAAGAUAUAUGUUUGAACACAAUGUACAUGAAGAAAUAUGUCUAAACAUAAUUUAUUUAAUACAUUAUUUUCCUUCAGGAUACUGUCACAACAUGCUCCUGUGGGAAGGAAGCCAAUCAAAGAUAUGAACAAAUCCUGAAUCAGUUUCAGAGGGUAAAUGUGUUUUCACUUUGCAAAUUAGCUAAUGGAAUGCAGGUGCUCUCUUAAGCGGGUUGCAGGAGUCUGGUGUCGAACUGACAUUUGGCAUGAGACCAGUCUGACUGGAACCCUUUCGUGUCACUCCAGAAACUGUCUUCAUGGCUUGCUCAGAAAAACAAGCACAGCAUUUCCCAAGCCUAGCUGGCAACCUAGGAUCUUUCAUAGAACCAUAGAAUUGUAGAGUUGGAAGGAGUCUCAAGCGUAAUCUAGUUCCCUGCAAAUGCAGGAAUCUCAACUAAAGCACCCAUCACAGAUGGCCAUCCAACCUCUGCUUAGAAACCUCCAAGGAAGAAGAGUCCACCACAAGAGUCCACUGUCAAACAGCUCUUACUGUCCAAAAGUUCUUCCCAACAUUUAGUUGGAAUCUCCUUUCUUGUAACUUGAAUCCAUUGGUUCAGGUCAUACCCUCCAGAGCAGGAGAGAAGCAGCUUUCUCCAUCUUCCAUGUGAGAGCACUUUAGAUAUUUGAAGUUGGCUAUCAUAUCUCAGUCUCUUCUUUUCCAGGCUAAACAUACCCAACUCCCUCAACCAUUCCUUGGUUUCCAAACCCUUGAUCAUCUUGGUCGCCCUCUUCUGCACACGUUCCAGCUUGUCAAUAUUCUUCUUAAACUGGCACCCAGAGCUGGACACAGUAUUCCAGGUGUGGCCUGGCCAAGAUAGAAUAGAGAAGUAUUUUGACUUCCCUGGAUCUGUCUGGACACUGUACUUCUGUUGAUGCAGUCUAGAAUAGCAUUAGCUUUUUUUGCUGGUGCAUCACACUGUUGGCUCAUGCUAAGCUGAACCAUGGCAGAACCAGAUGAAGAGAGCCAUAAUUGGAUCUUCUGUGUCUUAAAGAAAAUAAAAGCAAGUCAGCAAGGAAGGAGGACACUUUGGAUUGAGAAUGUAAAAUUUCCCCCUUGCACUGAUAUAAAUUGUCCCCAAUCCUGCAGAAGCUGCUGUUUACCCUGUUAAGGUACCCAUACUUACAUAAUUUUCUGUUACACCUUGCUGUACAAGCAGCUACAGAAGUAAUGCAGGAGACACCAGAGAUAUGUCAUUUGUUAUCCAGUAUUCACACUGGUUGUUUGGAAGUUUAUCUUUUCCUGUUCCUUUUCAGAUGGACUCACACUCUGCAGCAGUUAAAGCCCUUGGGGAGCUCGACAUCCUACUGGAUUGGAUCGAUAAGACAGACUAG